AUCCCAAUAACAAAAAAACCUGACUUGAAUGAUCCUGUAUUAAGAGCGAAAUUGGCUAAAGGUAUGGGUCAUAAUUAUUACGGGGAGCCCGCAUGGCCCAAUGAUCUUUUAUAUAUUUUUCCGGUAGUAAUUCUAGGUACUAUUGCAUGUAACGUAGGGUUAGCGGUUCUAGAACCAUCAAUGAUUGGUGAACCGGCAGAUCCAUUUGCAACUCCUUUGGAAAUAUUACCCGAAUGGUAUUUCUUUCCCGUAUUUCAAAUACUUCGUACAGUACCCAAUAAAUUAUUGGGUGUUCUUUUAAUGGUUUCAGUACCUGCGGGAUUAUUAACAGUACCUUUUUUAGAGAAUGUUAAUAAAUUCCAAAAUCCAUUUCGUCGUCCAGUAGCGACAACCGUAUUUUUGAUUGGUACCGCAGUGGCCCUUUGGUUGGGUAUUGGUGCAACAUUACCUAUUGAUAAAUCCCUAACUUUAGGUCUUUUUUAA